GACAAUGUCUGAUCCACAAAAUUACGGAAAACAUCCAAAAGACCCAAACAAGCCUAUGAAAGAACGAAUGUUGGCAGGGGAACUUUAUCGUAUUGAUUAUGUUCUUGAACAAGAACAGGAUUUAACGGCUAAAUGGCUGGCUCGUUUAAAUGCUUCUUCUUGUUCCAGUCGUUCUGAACGGCAACAAAUUAUUAAAGAACGAUUUGGGGCUAUGGGAGAAGGUUGCGAUAUACGGCCUCCUUUUUAUUGUGAUUAUGGCUCAAACAUUUUUAUGGGAAAAGAUGUCAUUCUUAACUUUAAUUGUUGUAUUUUGGAUGUGGUUACUGUUACAAUUGGAGACGGCACUUUGUUUGGACCAAACGUUCAAAUCUAUCCUGCAGAUCACCCAAGGGACAAAGAAACACGUUUAGAAGGUUGGGAAUUUGGUCGGCCUAUUAAAAUAGGCAAAAAUGUGUGGAUUGGUGGAGGGGCAAUGAUACUUCCCGGAGUAACUAUUGGGGAUGAUGCUAUAAUUGGUGCUGGCUCUGUAGUGACUAGAGAUGUUCUGCCAAACACAACUGUUGCGGGAAAUCCUGCGCGUCCUUUAACAAAAAAGUGUGGAUGA